AUGGCAGAAGCUAUCGGCCUGGCUGCGAGCCUGAUUGCAAUCUUGGAGCUCUCCGUCAAGAGCAUUGGCUAUAUCCAAGCGGCGAAGGGCGCAACGAAAGAACGGGCGCAACUUACUGCUGAGAUUCAAUUUUGCCAAGUUAUUGUCGGCGGUCUUAGGGAUGUUUCGGACAACGCUGGGUGGCAAAAGACUAUGGAGGUACUGAUUCGACCGGGCGCACCACUCAAGCUUCUGGAAGAAACCCUUCGACAUCUGGUACAGAAGCUCAGUCCUCCGCCUGGUCUGCGACAGCGAUUACAUGUUCUGAAAUGGCCGUUCGAAGAAAAGGAGAUCAAGAGCAUCCUCGGUAUGAUGGGGCGCCAGAAGCAGUCUCUAUCGCUGGCUUUAGACAACAACAGCAGGUACGACUCACCGGGGAAUAAUGAUGUAAACUGGCUUGCCGUCAAUAACAUUCUUCAGAUGUGGACUAAUUUAGUGCUUUCCCUGCAGACUUCUGCAAGAUAA